GUACCAUCGGCGGGCAUGGUCAGCGGUGGGGCGGGUUACAUCAAAAUACUCAAUUGCCACGAUGUACCACCUGGCAUGGGUAAGGAUUUGUUUAAAUGACACAAAGUAAGAGCCUAAUCUGGAGCAGUGUGAUAGGCGGUGUAUUUAAAGCGGAGUAAACGCCUCAGUCUGAAGAAAGGCCUUGACCCGAAACGUCGCCUAUCCAGAGAUGCUGCCUGGCCAGCUGAGUUACUCCAGCAUUUUGGGUCCAAACGCUUCAAAUGGUGACGGGAUACUGUACAUAUGUCAGAGCAUGUGUCAACCUAUCUCUGGCACAGAUGCGAGAGGGGAAAUAAUGCCGUGGCCCGCACACAAUAUCUCAUUUAAUCUAUCGUAGCAAGAGGCAAGACCACACACAACUUCACAUUUCGCAUCUCCCUGUAGACACAAUAGAGUGCAGAUGCUGGAAUCUGGAACAAAAACAAAGUGGUCUGCGAGUCGCUCGGCCCGCCGAAUUCCUUCAGCUCCUUGUACAUACGUUGUGUUCCUCGUCUCUGCCCCGUAGAUGAACGAUUUCGUGCAAAAUGUUCCACUUGUAAAGUUAUGCCUUUGGGACAUUUAGUAUUGGAUCUCAACAUUGCACUUACCUGCAAAAUACACGACCCCGCCUGACACCGCUCCGGGCAGGGUCUUCACCCAGAAGCGUUGCUUCAACCACAACCUGCUUCUUGUUCCGCAGAUGCUGCCUCGGCUGCUGAAGACCUUCCAGCAUUUGUUCUGCUUUUACAUCAGAAUAAACCCCAUUUUGAUAUCCGGUGCAUACUAAACGCGCUUCGAAUUGCUUAGUAGAAUGGCUUUUUUUUUGUUUUAGAAAGAAAAGCGAUGGUUUAAAAUGAUGCUUUCCAGUCUUGCCCUAAGCCAGUGUUGUGGGCGUGCUCGGGAUCUGAACAUGAUUCCUCGCUUAAAGAGGGGGCUGCGUCAGACGGUGCGAGAGGCUUGAAUUCUCCGCUCCAACCUGGAACUGUGUUACUGACCAGAGGCUAGUAGAAGCACCCUUGAAAACUUCGGAUCCCCCCCAUCCCCCGGAGCCACUCGGAUCAAGCGGCAAGUGACUGAAGACUCUCUCUUGUCAACCACCACGUCCGGGAAACUGCGGCGGCAUCUCUGCCGGGAGCUGCUAGUCGGUGGGCUUUAACGUUUGCUGGUGGACGGGUGUGAUAUUGUUGUACACGGCCGGUGCGUUACUGCCGCCGCCUAUGUAUGUGUGUGUGUGCGGCCAUCACCCACGGGCACCAGGCUCCCCCCGGUCCUACCAUCACGCUUUCUCUGCGUCCUGACUCGGAUCUCUCUCUUUAAAAGGGGUGUUACAAGUCACUGUCAUCGCGAAGCUGGGCUUCGGCCCCCGAUGUGUUAUAAGGUUCAGCUCAGUAACGAGAGUCCCGAAUGCAGAACUCCGCGAGCCGCAAGAAAACCAAGCCCGUGGUUUCUUCCCUCGGUUCGUCGAUGAUAAAUGUCUAUUUUUUAUUAAUCCGUCGAGGAGUUUGAAUAAAGUGCACCGGGGGGUCGUUUGCAGGUGUUGCAGUUAUUAGCAACAAGCAGCCCGGCAGUGGGAGUGUACGGGAGACGCGAGUGUAACUCUAGCCGAGAAGUCAGCGUUGUGUGUGCAAAGGCAAUGGUCGGCGGGAGGCGGCAGCGAUGCUGAGCAGCGAUCUCACAGGAGAGACAUGUCGCUGCUAGGGUUUACACGUGGAGGAAGGGCUUCGUUGGAGAGGAGAUUUGGUUUGUGAAGCGAAACUGAAAGAACCCCCUCCCCAUGGCUCCGCCAAGUAGCCGGAAGGAUGGCGACCGCUGGCCCGGCAUGUCUUCAACUUUCUGGGCAGUGAUGAUCAUCGCCAGCCUCCUGAUCGCGUACUGCAGUCAGCUUGCUGCAGGUACUUGUGAGAUAGUCACUCUGGACAAAGAUAGCAGUCAACCGCGAAGGACUAUAGCCAGACAAACUGCUAGGUGUGCAUGUAAAAAGGGGCAGAUUGCCGGCACAACGAGAGCAAAACCAGCCUGUGUGGAUGCACGUAUCGUAAAAACUAGACAAUGGUGUGAAAUGCUUCCCUGUUUGGAAGGAGAAGGCUGCAAUUUGUUAAUGAAUAAAUCAGGCUGGACCUGCACACAGCCAGGUGGCCGAAUAAAGACAACAACGGUAAGGAAGGGAUCCAAUCAACAGACAAACCAAGGUCGGGCUGCAUCUCUGGAGAACAUGGAUAGGUGACGUUUCGGUUGGGACCCUUCUUCAGACUCUAAGCAGGCAAGGUCUCCUGACAAAUGCAUCAAGAAAGAAUCCUAUAGGAGCAGCUUAGAACUGCGUGAUCUAUUUACCCUGGCCAAGUUCUACUGCUGCAGACUCUCAUCUGUUGUAUGUUAUUUCCACCACUCUCUUUGGCUGUGUAUCAAAGAGCAUAAUCCCAUCUAUAACUUUUGAGCAAAGGUUUCACUCACUCUGAAUCCGUCAACUGGGACAACACUGUUGGUGGCCGAGCCAAGUUUGGAUAGCAGCAAUAUUGACCAUGAUUGGAACAGUUUUCCCCUACAUUUCAACCGGUGUUGGACUACCCGUUGCCCUGUUGAUACUUCAGCCCAGAAAAGCCUGUUUCAUUGAAGACUGAACUCUUUCCUUCAGCCCUGAACAGGGGGUGAAUCUUUGCUUCAGGUGGGACAAUGAUAGAAUUACAGAAGGCUCCUCAACAAAGACACUGUGCUUUUAUGUGUGUAACUCUUGACAUCUCUACAUCUAUUUCCUCAUCGUUGUUCACAAAACAGUAGACCAAAGAACACAAGGAGAAUGCUGACGUGGACACUAUCUCAUUUGUCAAUGAGCUUCACUGGUUUCAAUUGUAGUGGUUUCUGAAGGAUUUCUUCAGUUUUUUCAUAGAGCUGAAAUAAAUCAUUACUGGCUAGGGUAAAGUCUUUGCUUGGAAAAAAAAUAAAGGGAGUCCUGAUGUAAGAUGUCUAAGGAUCUAAUGGAGCGUGGCGAUAAAAAUAGUUUAUUUCCUGUCACUAAAGAGACACAUACGAACAUUGGCGCUGGGAGGAUAUCUUGCUCUCCCAUUUAGUUUGGCUGACUUAUUUCUCAUUCUUAAGUCAUGUUGUAUUUCAACCAGAAAGAAAGAACAAAAUAUGAACCGUUUGCAGCUCUUAUUUCCUUUCCCAGCACAAAAGUAGCUACUGUCAAACAGCAUUUGCAAUGAGCAUGUCUGGCUACCUGCAGCCUGUGUUACAUUUCAAUCAACCAUCUACCGCAAGAAAAAAAAAGAUCAAAUUAGAGGAGAAAGUAACAUUUCUUGACAACGGGAUCAUUAAAUGUAUUUUGAGAAACCUAAAGUUAUAUAUUUAACAGUUUUUAUAUGUUGUAUCUUUGUAGAAAAUCUUAUUUAACAAAUAACGUGGUCGUACUAUGCCAGCCUUGAAAGCAGUCAAGAGUUGUGUUUUAACUUCUGGUAUCUGUCAAAGAGAUGAUUGGUGUAUUUUCUUUUCCUUUGGACCAUUUUCGAUCUGAAAACUGACCACAAAGAACUCUGUAGAAACAAAAUGCUGUUUAUACAUCAAUACAUUCAACCAUUGCACUGUAGGAAGACAGUUCAUUUCUUUUAUGUACUGGUAUAAUAGAGUGGAAAACAUUUUAAACUUUGAUAUCAAUACUGGUUUUCAUUUUUCCCCUUUUAUUUCUUUUCUCGUGGUUGACUCUUGCUAAAUUGAAUCUGUGAGCUAUUCAAAAGUAACACAAAGCCAGGCUCUCACUGGAGUUUUCUAGCAAGACAGUGGGCAGGACUAGUCAUUAUCCUACACCCGCAGAUCCACUGAAGGAGUACAUUUUCCUGAACUUUACACAAGUUGCGACCUUUCUGAGCUAGUAAUUUACUACAACAGAGCUUCCAAAGACUAAGUCACAUGUGAGGUUUGGUGAAAACAGUAUUUUAUUGUUACAGCCGCUUUGUGCUCCAUAAUUUGAAAUCCAUUUUAUUUCCCCCCACUUCUCAAUGUCCCUUUGAAAAGCACACAAGCACACUCUCAACUUGCUGGUACAUUUACACUGAAAGCAGACAUGUUUGAAUGCUUAUUGUAUCAAACUCUAUGAAGCUGAUAUUCUUUGAACUUUAUGUUAAUGUAGGCUGAAGGCGAAAUAAGACACAAAGACCAAAGCUUAAAUUUGAAAUUGGAUGUUCCCCCUGCCGCGCACGAUGGUAAAAGUUGGCAAUGAGCAACACAGUAUUCACAUACCAUUCAGGAACAUUUACUUGUGAUUUCAGUCAGUGUAGGCUUGGUUUAAGAUAAUGAGUAAAGCGCAAUCUUCCCUGCUGGAAUAUUAUCCAAGAAAUAUUUCUGAACAGGUAAGAGUAAAUGUAAGCCUACUGUAAAGGUAAAAUGUGCUAAAAUUGCUAUGACACAAAAUUCCGAAAAUCCAUCCUUUUUCGAAGGUGGUAACAAAAUAAGGUUCAAAAGAAAUAUUUUGAAGUAAAUGCAGUUUGAAAUUGAAUGAUUUUUCAUGGAAUUAUAAACCUUAUUCUAAUCAACGAGGACAUAUUGCCUUAUUCCGCAGUAAGUAUGUCAUGUUUUCUAGACUAACUGAGAACCUAUUUCUUCCUUGUUAAUUAAAUGAAAUCAUUCUUUCACUCUGUCAUGCUUCACAGAGUCUGUGAAUGCUGCACAUGUUAUCUCUUAUUUGCCCUAAUGGGAAGUAGUGAGAAUUUGGUUGUGGAAAAGUAUGCUUGAAAAUCAAGGCCUCAAACCUAGCGGAGAGAUCAUGGCCUACAUGGGGAUCCAGCAUUGACCAUUUUUAGUUUAUUUUAGUUUAGUUUAGAGAUAUAGGUGGUCACAAAAUAAGGCUCAAAAGAAAUAUCAUUUGAAGUAAAUGCAGUUUGAAAUUGAAUGAAUUUUCAUGGAAUUAUAAACCUUAUUCUAAUCAACGAGGACAUAUGGAUUUUAUAGAAACCGGCCCUUUGACCUAACAUGUCCACACCUUCCAGUGAUCCCUGUACACUGGCACUAUCCGACACAUUAGAGACAUUUUAUAAUUUUGUUUUAUCAAAGCCAAUUAACCUACAAGCAUGUACGUCUUUGGAGUGUGGGAGGAAACCGGAUCACCCCAUGAGAAAACCCAGGCCGUCACGGGGAGAACGUACAAACUCCAUACAGACAGCAUCGGUAGUCAGGAUUGAACCUGUGUUUCUGGUGCUGUAAGGCAGCAAGUCUACUGCUGCGCCACCAUUCCGUCCCACCCCUUGCCAUCCUUAGAUUUGGAUUAUCCUUCAACUUGCCUUGGAAAGAUGUUCCUGCAAAAUUCUACGAAUGCACUUGAAUGAAUCGAUGAAGGAUCCUUAUCCCAAACCAGCAUGCCCAUGUUGAGGUUCUAAUCAUAUGUAGACAGUUUGUUUGAGCAAGCUAGAUCAUUGUCCUGCCUGGCACCACACUUCAAAACUGAUAUUCCACUCUGAGCUAUGUCAAGGGAGGAGGUUACCAGGUGAACAGAGGAAAAGAUUCAAGGCUGUUCUCAAAGCUUCCUUCAGAAAAAUAAGCGAUAUCCCUUGGGAAUCCAUGGGCCAUGACCAUUCAAGGAGCAUUUGGGAUGGCACUGAGGACCUGGAGUCCAUGCUUGGGGAAUACAGUGAAGUCCAGCGCAAACAGCAGAUGGAACACAGCCUCUCCCAAACCCACUUGGUAACUGUAGUAUGGACAAUCCUACAGCUCCCACAGUGACCUCAGACCUCACAUAACCGGAAUGGAAAUUAGUAGGAAGGAACUGCAGAUGCUGCUUUACACCGAAUAUAGAUGUGACCCGAUACGUCUCCCAUUCCUUCGUUCCAGAGAUGCUGCCUGUCCCGCUGAGUUACUCCAGCAUUUUGUGUCUGUAUUUGGAAUGGAAAUAAGUUGUCUUGUACCAAGGGACCACCUAAGUAGAUGUAGUUUCUCACCUUUGCUCCCACUUCAAACAUUUGAAGUGAAACAGAAACAAUGAUAGAGUGCUCUGACCUCAGUGAUAGCUGUGAUAUUACCUCUUCACUUUUAAACCAUCCAGUGCAGAUCCAUACACUUCAGAAGUAUUCCUUUUCUGAUACAAUUCACAAAGAUUAAUAAUACGCAAUGUUCAAAUAAAUUGCAAUUUUUAGCUUUGUACUCUUGUAAAAUACAGCCUUAAUGUUCACUUUGAAAAAUUGUAUUUUGGACAUUUCAUUUACUUCCUAUUUCCAGUAAAUAGCACUGAGCUCAUGUGUGUUAUCAAAAAAGGGAGGCGGACUUGGAUAAAGAUUGGAACUAGCAUAAGAUAUGCUUUUCUGCCAAUCAUGCCCCUUUAAAAUGCACAACAUAUCGAUAAAAUCUAAUCUGCAUUAAUUGCAGUCUGUGACCAUUAAUAAAAUUACGAUGUGUAGGAAGGAACUGCAGAUGCUGGUUUAAACCGAAGAUAGACGCAAACAGCUGGAGUAACUCAGCAGGACAGGCAGCAUCUCUGGAGAGAAGGAAUGGGUGACGUUUUUGGUCCAGACCCUUCUUCCGACUGAUGUCAGGGGAAACGGAAACGAGAAGAUAUAGAAGAUGAUGUUGAGCGAUAAAGAAAAUGAAUGAAACAUAUGCAAAAAAUUAACGAUGAUAAAGGAAACAGGCCAAUGUUAGGUGUUGGUUGGGUGAGAAUAGAAGCUGGUGCAAUAAAAUCAACAUGUCCAUUUUCCAAGCAAUCUAAAAGUCCCUCAAGUGACAUAUAUACAACCAAGCUUGAGUUGAAUUAAAGACUAACCUCAGUUUCCAAUAUAUGAUUAGAUUCUUCAUUUGUUUUUUGUAUUUCAAUGAUUUUCUUUUUACAAGUUCUGGUUUGUGAGUAGGGUAAAUCUUACAGAAAUUACACUGUUAUUGUUCAGACUGUCGGUGAUACAGAAGCCAUUCAAUUCACUCCGUAUAAUAUCAAGUAACGGCUAAGAGCAAUGGAUUCAAUAACAGUCCCUGAUUAUAUCCCAGCUGUAAUGUGUAAGACAAAUUCUACAUCUUGUCAUUCUACGAUCCAAACUGUUACAGUUGGAAUAUUAGCAUUCAUGAGACAGAAUGCAGCAAAUUGAAAUAAAAACAGAAAGUGCAUUUGCCAUUUCAACUUUAAAA